AUGCCCUCCUUGAAUGAUCCCCUGCUACCAAUCGAUGUGGUGCACAAUACCGAUGACUUCAGAGGGGUAGUUUACGAUAAUAAAUUUUAUGGUAACAUAUUGGAGAUACCGUUUGAUAUUAUGCUAAGAGGAAAGGAGAGGAGUGUGGAAGGAUGCGUAUCAAUGCCAAAAGUUAGCACGGAUAGUGCAGGAGCAUAUUCGUUUUUGUUGGAUACUCAAUUCAUCAAUGAGAAGGACUGUUACGUGGAUGCGUUCGGAAGGUGGAACAGCAAAACGAUUAGAACGAAAUUGAAACGAUUUUAUGUGGACGAGGACGGUAAGGCGGUGGGGAAACGAAAUCACAAUUAUGUUGUUUCGAAGAAAUAUGGGCGACAUCCCGAUACAAAUCCACCUUUCUCGCUGCGAAAGUGUCUCUGGAUAAUUCAUGAUUCUCUGAAUAUGCCUGUGAAUGGAUUUGCUCUAUUGUCGUAUCGAGUUGACUGUACGUGUACAGUUAUUAUGAAUCCUCAUGGAAACGCCAAACAAGAUACGAGUAAACCGUAUCUGCGAACGCUGCCAUCAGCACUUGAGCGCAUGGCCAAUGAGUUGACAUUCAUGAAACCAUCGUGUGUCAAAGAAAAGUUAGCCAUCGAAAGAGGAUUACUCGCAGGUGACAGCGAACAGGCUUUGGUAAGGAAUCUCAAUCAGCUCUAUUGUCUGGGUCGACGAAAAUCGAAAAUUCAAAGUAUGGAUGAUGUGUUCAAUAUAAUUCGCAGUAAAUCGGAUUUUGUCAGAUACGCCGAAUUCGAUGGUAAUAAUGAAAGGUUUUUUUGUGCCAAUAAGUCAAUGCUGGAGUCGUUUCGUUUGAGUUGUGUGUGCAGUGAGCAGAAAAUAAGAGAACGUUUGGAUAUGUCAACUGCACCGAGUGAUUUGUCGGAUGAAGGAAGGCAACAGUUCUUCACCGAUCCCCAACUCAUCGCCUCUUCACUGUCACACUACUCACCGGCGUUCAUCACUACGACACAUCGAGUGGCUGAUCUCUAUGCUACCAUUAUAGCGUUCCGUCAUCGAUUCAUCACCCCGAAAACGUUCGAAUCUCCGCACGGAGCAGUGUGCGUUGCAGCGAUUGCCUUCACUCGCUGCAGAAAUGUUGACGAUUUUAUGUAUAUCGGCAUAUGUUUGAGCCGAUUACUGCAUAUCAAAGAAAAUGAACGUGUUCGAUGCCUUGUCACGGAUGUCGACGACGCAACUAAGGGAUUGCGGGUAGCAACGAUAUUUCGACGUCCAACAAGUCACUUAUUAUGCGAGCUUCAUCUACGAAGGAACACCGAAACACUUCUGAACGGUCUUACACCCCACCAAAAGAUGACUAUCUUGGAAACGAUAUACGGUUCAGAAGGUUUGGUGGAUUGCGUAAGUGAAGAGCAUUUCAUGCGAGGAAUUCGUUCGCAUCAAGAGCAAUGGGAUGAGGUUGCGCCUCAAUUUACGAAUAAUUUUCUGGCCACACAAGGAAAGCAGAUAUUACAAAGUUAUCUGCUACCGCAACGCUUCCAAGCCGGAAUAGGAUAUGGACGUGUUACGUCGAAUACCGUCGAGAAUUUCAAUAGUUGGUUGUUGGAUUUCUUGGCUUCAAACAGCAGAAGAGGACUGAACGAGAUGUUCUCUGAACUGGAAAUCAUUUGUGAACAAAGGUAUGCUGAACUAGCGAGAUGUUGUUUGGGAGGAACAUAUGGAGAGUUCCAGUUGAAGGAUGAAUUCAAAGAGAAGUGGAUAUCGGCCGACCAUUGGGCAGCACUGACAAACCCUGAAAAAGUGCAGCAGUUGAAAAGUAUCGGUAUACACGUGCCAUUAGACGCUGUUAACGUUAGCCCUGAAGUGGACAACGGUCCUGCCGGAUCCAGAUACCAUUUCCCGACGAAUUUGAGUGCACUUUACACGAAUGCAGAGCGCAUCCGAAUCGUUGAUAACGCUGAACUGAUCACUCGACAGGGUUGUCUCAAGCAGAUCAGUGAUCGCGUGUUCGUCAUCGACAAAGGUUCCAGAAGUCGUUGUAUCCGAGUGGAACGUCAGAAUAAUGGAAAAGUGAUAUGUUCUUGUGCUGAAAAACGACCCGUAUGUGCACACAAUUUGGCGUUGGCGUAUAUUUUCAAAGAAACGGGAAGAUUGUUACAAAUAAUGGAAGAUGGACUUACUUCAAAAUCAAAUAGUCCAAAGAAACGAAGUAGUGCAGCGAGCAUCAAGAAAUAUGAUAGCGAUCAAAGUUACGAUGGCAGCACUGGCGCAUUGGGUCAAAACGAACCAACUUUGACCAGUGUACUCUAUGAAAAUAACGCGGACUAUCAUAUAACAACGAACUUGGUUCAUUCCACUGCAGGCACGCUCAGCAAUCAUCAGCAUUUCACCGAUCCAAUGAGCAUUUCUUUGCAACAGCCGUUUUCGCAUGACGCCGUUGGCCGUUAA